AUGGCCACCGACUCCCCGUUUGUCCUGACAGACGCGGGGGAAAAAGUCCCGCUCGACCUCGACAAGCUGCGCCGGGGCUUUGCGAGCGUGACGGAAGGGUUGGACCAGCGGUUUAUCGAAAUCGACGUGUUGGUGGCGACGGUCGCCCGCGGCGUGACCGACGUCAUCUCGCAGCCCCACCUGGACGAGUUGAUGGCCCAAACGGCGGCCUACAUGGUUACCAAACACCCAGAUUAUGGCCUGAUGGGGGGGCGAUUGAGCGUGAAGGCGCUUCAUAAAGCUACAAGCGACUCCGUCCUCGAGACGUUUCGCGUGAUGCGGGAGCAUAUUGGCUUUCAAACCCGCCGCCCCGCCCCGCUCAUCUCAGAGGAGCUCUGGAAGAUCGUGGAGACCCACCACGAGGAGCUUCAGCGCAUUAUUGAUUAUUCGCGUGAUAUGAAUUAUGAGUACUUUGGCUUUAAAACCCUUGAGCGGUCGUACUUAUUGCGGAUUGAGGUGGGUCGGGCGAAGAUGCGGAUUGUGGAGCGACCCCAGCAUAUGAUUUUGCGGGUGGCGCUUGGGAUUCACGGUGGGAACCUUGAGAAGGUGGCUCGGACCUACGAUUUGAUGUCGAAUGGCUUUUUCACCCACGCGACCCCGACGUUGUUUAACGCCGGCACCCCCCGUCCGCAGAUGAGUUCCUGCUUUUUAAUAGCGAUGAAGGAGGACAGUAUUGAAGGGAUUUACGACACUUUGAAGGAGUGCGCCGUGAUUAGCAAGGCAGCAGGGGGGAUUGGACUGCACGUUCACAACAUUCGAGCCUCCGGAAGUUAUAUCGCCGGGACGAACGGAACUUCGAACGGGUUGGUGCCGAUGCUGCGGGUUUUUAAUAACACCGCACGUUAUGUCGAUCAAGGAGGGGGCAAACGCAAAGGGGCAUUUGCGGUUUAUCUGGAGCCCUGGCAUGCGGAUAUUUUCGAGUUUGUCAUGUUAAAGCGGAACACCGGGAAGGAGGAUCAGCGGGCGCGUGAUCUUUUUUACGGGCUUUGGAUACCUGAUCUUUUUAUGGAGCGCGUGAAGAGCGAGGGGACGUGGACGUUGAUGGAUCCCCACACCUGUCCGGGGCUGAGCGAUUGUUAUGGGGAGGAGUUUGAGCGGUUGUAUAAAAGUUAUGAGGCGCGUCAGAUGGGGGUGCGCACGAUUCAGGCGCAGGAGCUGUGGUUUGCGAUUUUGGAGACCCAAAUCGAGACGGGGGUGCCUUUUAUGCUCUACAAAGACGCGUGCAAUCGAAAGUCGAACCAAAAACACAUCGGGACGAUUAAAUGCUCGAAUUUGUGUACCGAAAUUGUGGAAUACACAUCCCCGGAGCAGACAGCGGUGUGCAAUUUGGCCUCCCUCGCCCUGCCGCGGUUUGUGGACGUCGAGAAGCAAGUCUUCAACCAUCAACUGCUCUACGAGGUCACGAAGGAGGUCACCUACAACCUUAAUCGCGUUAUUGAUAAUUCCUACUACCCAGUGGAGACGGCGCGGCGGAGCAAUAUGAAUUAUCGCCCGAUCGGGAUAGGCGUCCAGGGGCUUGCCGAUACUUUUAUUCUGCUUCGCCAGACCUUUACUGAGCCCGAGUCGAUGCGGUUGAAUGAGGAAAUCUUCGAAACCAUCUAUUACGCCUCGGUCGAGGCCUCGGUGGAUCUCGCGGAGAUGGAAGGGAGUUAUACCGAUUUCGACCAAAGCCCGGCGGCCCAGGGGAUCUUGCAGUUUGAUCUUUGGGGGAAAAAACCAACGAGCGGGCGAUGGGAUUGGGAUGCGUUAAAGGCACGGCUUAAGGUCUCCGGCAUGCGCAAUUCCUUGUUGUUGGCCCCUAUGCCAACCGCCUCGACCUCGCAAAUUUUGGGCAAUAAUGAAUGUAUUGAGCCAUUUACCUCGAAUAUUUACCUUCGUCGGGUGUUAAGUGGGGAGUUUCCCGUGGUAAAUAAAUAUCUGGUGCGGGAUUUGGUUGAGCGUGGGAUGUGGAAUGAUACCGUUCGCAACGAGAUCAUCACCUUUAACGGCUCCAUCCAACGCGUGCAAGGGAUCGGCGAGGACCUCAAAAAACUCUACAAAACCGUCUGGGAGAUCUCACAGCGGGAUGUGAUCCAGAUGGCCGCGGAUCGUGGGAAGUACAUUGAUCAAUCGCAGUCGUUGAAUCUUUUUAUGGAAAGUCCUUCCUCCGGGCGUAUUACGUCUAUGCAUUUCUACUGCUGGGAAAAGGGCCUCAAGACGGGCAUGUAUUACCUCCGCACCCGCCCCGCCGCGGACGCGAUUAAAUUCACGGUGGAUGCCAAACGCCUGAAGGAGAUCCAAGACGAAGAAUUAUCCCGCGUGAGUACGCCCGUCAAACAAGGAUUGUCCUCCGCGGACUCUGAGGAGUGUUUGAAUUGUGGAUCAUAG